UUGGUUGAUAAAUAAUUAAAAUACCUUCGUUCCUCUUCCUUCUCCUGUCUUUUGUCUUCUCUCUCCUAGAGCUUUCAACACUUGCUCUCUAAUGGUGGAACCAAAACCCUAGAUCCCUCUUUUCAUUAUAUUCUACAUCCACACUUCUCUCUCAAAAUCGUGAGAAAUGAAAACUUUCCCAAGCUUCUUUCUUUUCCUCCUAUUCUUAUCCUUUACCUCUCCUUCCCUUCAAGCUUUCAACAGAGAAACCCAUCAGCUUAUAAGCUUCAAAAACGUUAUCCCCGACAAGAACCUACUCCCAGGCUGGUCUCCCGACAAGAACCCCUGUACCUUCGACGGCGUCACUUGCAAAGACAACAAGGUUUCUUCAAUUGAUCUCAGUUCCAAACCACUCAGCGUCGGAUUCAGUGCCGUGGCUUCCUCUCUCCUCUCCCUCACCGGAUUAGAGUCCCUGUCUCUCUCGAACUCCCACAUCAACGGCUCCAUCACCUCUGGUUUCAAGUGCUCUGCUUCUCUCACCAGCUUGGAUCUAUCCACAAACUCCAUCUCCGGUCCUGUAACAACCUUGUCGAGCCUCGGCUCUUGCGUCGGACUGAAGUCUCUGAACGUCUCUUCCAACUCACUAGAUUUCCCCGGGAAAGUUUCUGGCGGGCUGAAGCUUAGCAGCAGCAGCUUGGAAGUUCUUGAUCUCUCCGCGAACUUGCUCUCCGGUGCUAACGUCGUCGGCUGGAUUCUCUCCGGUGGCUGUGGAGAGUUAAAGCACUUGGCUAUAAGCGGAAACAAGAUCAGUGGUGACGUGGACGUCUCUCGUUGCCCCAAUCUCGAGUUUCUCGAUGUCUCCUCCAACAAUUUCUCCACUGGGCUUCCGUAUCUCGGUGACUGCUCCGCUCUUCAACAUCUCGACAUCUCAGGGAACAAACUAUCCGGCGACUUCUCCAAUGCUAUCUCCUCCUGCACCAACCUAAGGUCUUUGAACAUCUCGAGCAACUUAUUCGCCGGCCCCAUCUCUUCUUCGUUACCGCUCAAAAGCCUCGAGUACCUCUCUCUAGCCGACAACAAAUUCGCCGGCGAGAUCCCUGAGCUUCUCUCCGGCGCGUGCGGUACACUCGCCGGACUCGAUCUCUCCGGAAACGACUUCCUUGGGACAAUCCCUCCUUUCCUCGCCUCGUGCUCUCUCCUGGAGUCGCUUGCUCUCUCCGCCAACAACUUCUCCGGCGAGCUCCCGAUGGACACGCUACUGAAGAUGACAGGGCUCAGGACGCUCGAUCUGUCUUUCAACAGAUUCUCCGGCGAGCUGCCGGAGUCUCUUGCCAACCUCUCCGCUUCUCUCCUCACGCUUGAUCUCAGCUCCAACGACUUCUCCGGUCAGAUCCUCCCGAGUCUCUGUCGUAGUGAGAACAACUCGCUCCGGGAGCUUUACCUUCAGAACAACGGCUUCACCGGGAAGAUCCCGCCGACGCUGAGCAACUGCUCCGAGCUGGUCUCUCUCCACCUGAGCUUCAACUACCUCUCCGGGACCAUCCCUUCGAGCCUCGGCACUCUCUCGAAGCUCCGGGACUUGAAGCUGUGGAUGAACAUGCUCGAAGGCGAGAUCCCCUACGUCGUCAGCACCUCCCUAGAGACUCUCAUCCUCGACUUCAACGGUUUAACCGGAGAGAUCCCUCCCGGUUUAAGCAACUGCACGAAUCUCAACUGGAUAUCUCUCUCCAACAACCGGUUAACCGGUCAGAUCCCGAGAUGGAUCAGCCGGUUGGAGAAUCUCGCCAUCCUCAAGCUCAGCAACAACUCGUUCUCCGGCAACAUCCCCGCCGAGCUCGGGGACUGCCGGAGCCUCAUCUGGCUCGAUCUCAACACUAAUUACUUCAACGGCACGAUUCCUCCCGAGAUGUUCAAACAGUCGGGUAAAAUCGCAGCGAAUUUCAUCGCGGGAAAGAGGUACGCUUAUAUUAAAAACGACGGGAUGAAUAAACAGUGUCACGGAGCUGGUAACUUGCUAGAGUUUCAAGGGAUCAGACCGGAGCAGCUUAACCGGGUUUCGACUAGGAACCCGUGUAAUUUCACGAGGGUGUAUGGAGGUCACACUCAGCCUACGUUUGAUAAUAACGGCUCCAUGAUGUUUCUUGACAUGUCUUAUAAUAUGCUAUCGGGGUACAUACCGAAGGAGAUUGGUUCGAUGCCGUAUCUGUUUAUUCUCAACUUAGGUCAUAACUUCAUCUCCGGGUCUAUUCCCGACGAGGUUGGUGAUCUUAGAGGGUUGAAUAUUCUAGAUCUUUCGAGCAAUAAGCUCGACGGGAGGAUCCCUCAGGCUAUGUCGGCUCUCACCAUGCUUACGGAGAUUGAUCUGUCGAAUAAUCUGUUGACCGGUCAGAUUCCCGCGAUGGGACAGUUCGAGACUUUUCCGCCGGGGAAGUUCGCGAACAACUCCGGUCUCUGCGGUUAUCCUCUUCCGCGGUGCGGUGCUGAGAACGCGGACGCGCUUGCUCGCCGCCAUUCUAGCGGGAGGAAACAGCCGUCUCUCGCGGGGAGCGUGGCGAUGGGUUUGUUGUUCUCUUUUGUGUGUAUAUGUGGGCUGGUUCUUUUCGGUAGAGAGAUGAGGAGGAGGCGGAGGAUGAGAGAAGAGGCGGUGUAUGAAGACGGUGGCGGCGGUGGUGGUGGUGAUAGAACCGGUAAUAACACGGACUGGAGGCUGACCGGUGCGAAAGAAGCGUUGAGUAUUAAUCUCGCGGCGUUCGAGAAGCCGUUGCGGAAACUCACUUUUGCGGAUCUUCUCAAGGCGACGAACGGUUUCCAUGAGGAGAGUAUGAUUGGUUCCGGUGGGUUCGGAGAUGUUUACAAAGCGGUUUUGAAAGAUGGAACAGCGGUUGCUAUCAAGAAACUGAUACAGAUUAGUGGUCAAGGCGAUAGGGAGUUCAUGGCGGAGAUGGAAACGAUUGGGAAGAUCAAACACCGUAACCUUGUUCCUCUCCUCGGCUACUGCAAAGUCGGGGAAGAGCGGCUUCUUGUGUACGAGUUCAUGAAGUACGGGAGCUUAGAAGAUGUGUUGCACGACCCGAAGAAGAAAGCUGGCCUGAAACUAAACUGGUUCACUCGACAGAAAAUCGCGAUCGGAGCGGCUAGAGGGCUCGCGUUUCUUCACCAUAACUGCAUCCCACAUAUCAUCCACAGAGACAUGAAGUCGAGCAACGUGUUGCUGGACGAGAACUUGGAAGCUAGGGUAUCGGAUUUCGGCAUGGCGCGGCUGAUGAGCGCGAUGGACACGCAUUUGAGUGUCAGUACAUUAGCCGGUACACCAGGGUAUGUACCUCCCGAGUAUUACCAAAGUUUCAGGUGUUCAACAAAAGGAGACGUUUAUAGUUACGGUGUGGUCUUGCUCGAGCUGCUUACGGGUAGACGGCCGACCGAUUCGCCGGAUUUUGGAGAUGAUAACCUGGUUGGAUGGGUGAGACAGCAUGCUAAACUGCGGAUCAGCGACGUGUUCGAUCCUGAACUUAUGAAGGAAGAUCCAGCAAGAGAGAUUGAACUUUUACAAUAUUUGAAAAUCGCGGUUGCGUGUUUGGAUGAUAGGGCUUGGAGGAGACCCACCAUGUUACAAGUCAUGGCGAUGUUUAAGGAGAUACAAACGGGGUUGGGGAUAGAUUCGCAGUCGACCAUUGGAUCGAUCGAGAUGGUUGAUAUGAGUAUUAAAGAAGUUCCUGAAGGAAAGUUUUGAGAGUUUAGACGCAGAGCCAAAGCAGAUUCUUUUGAACAUCAAUCAUCCAACGGUCGGUCCAAUUUUCCUUCGGUCUAUUUUUUUUUGUAUUCUUCUACUGUAUUCUAAAUGUAUGUAUUUAUGUUAUUUCUAUACGGAAGAGAAAAGAGAAAUGACUAUGAUAAGACUAUGUUGUAUGUAAAUAUAAAAUUUUAACUUUUUUGAGUU